GACCAUUGCAAGAUCUAUAAAAGCUCGGUGAAAGGGGCUCCGAUUAUCAUUUUCUCCUCUGCUACUCCAAGGAAACCAUCAACAAUGAAACUCCACGCAGCAGACAUCCUGGUCAUUUUCUGGCUUGGCCUCUUUACUGUGAGCACCGUGAGAGGAAGUGUUGCAAGUCAAAUCGUGCCCAGAAGCUCCUGUGUAGACCUGUCCACGCAGCAGCUGGACAUCAGACGACUUGCUAAAUAUGAGAUGCAGCACAUACCAGUAAAAGCUGUGAUGUUCAUCACCAGACGAGGCAUCAAGAUCUGUGUACAGCCUGAUCUUAAAUGGGUGCAGGAUGCCAUAAAAUUCCUGGAGAAAAGACCUGUCCCCAGAAGACCCACCACCAAGCCCAAAUCCAAACCCAAAUCCAUGCCCAAAGGCAAUUAACUAAAUGGAUGCACCAGCCCAACCCUCAGCAACUGCUUGUAACUUCUUCUAGGCGUUAAUUGGAAAUAAAAUCUCUGAACUAACAUGGGCACAUCCAUUCAUCGUUAGGGCAGAGAUGACUGAGAAUCAUUCCAUUUUAUAGCUGGACUUUUCCGCACUGUUUUCAGGUUUAUUUUCUGAAAUGUUCAUUAAUAAUUAUUUAUUACUGUGUGUAGGCAUCCCUCCUCCACCUGGAUGAAUGUUUAUACAGUUACAAAGGACAAGGAUGUGGGUGAAACUACUUCACAGAGGGUUUGAUACAGGUGAAGGAGGUUAGUGUCAGACACUGGGGCUGGAGUUUAAAAAAGAGUCUGGAUAAUUUUAUGAUAAUUAAUAACUAUAUAAACCAUAAGUAAACAAUCCUUAUGCUCCAAGGCAUCAUCUGAUAACUGCAAGAUUCAGGAGGGAAUUAGCUAGAUGUAUUGGGCCCAAUUCUCCUCCCACUUUGCAACACUGCAGAUUUAUUGGGACAGGUAUAAGUGAUGAUCAGUCUAGAGUGUGACUUGAUGCAGAUUUACACUAGUGGAGGAUCUAGCUCACUGACUUCUGUGAAGUUACUCCUUAUUUACACUGGUAUGAGAUAGAUCUGAACCAGUUGCUUAAUUUUUUCCUUUGCAUUCCUCUGAAGCAUCAUGUGUAAGCCAUGGCUGGAGGUAGGAGACUGCGCUUGAUGCCAUUCCUAUUUACCAAUCUCUUUUUCCCCAGGUAGUGGACAGCCAUGUCCAAGGGGCUUUACAUGUUAAAAUGAAUGGAUUCUAACAACUGUGGUGUCUUUGUUUUUCUGUAAAUUAAUAAAAUUCUUGAAAAUCUAUA